AAAUUUUCCAUUUCUUGAAUUGUAAAAAAAGUUGUUCAUUACACAAAUUUAAAAAAAUGAUCGCCAAUUUUCAUUUUGUUUCGUAGGCUUAAGCCCACCCUAGUACAUGAAAAUGCACGGCAUGCAGAUGCUGUUACACGAAGCCAACUGAAUUGCAUUGAUUUACUUGUGUGGCCUUCGUUCUGUCACAUCGUUGUUGUUUCGCUUGUGACUUCUUACGUUGACGAUGUCAAAGACUUCUCCGCUUAUCAUUUCCAGCGGCGCUCGUGGUCAGUUGAGAACGUACGUAUGUAUGUAUGUUUGUAUGUACUGUGUGUAAACAACACAAAUCAAUUGAUUGUUUGUGAGGUGCAUUGAUCUACUUGUGCGCUUGUUCAUGCAUACAUACAUAUAUAAACAUACAAAAAUGUACAUAUGUAAAUAUGUAUAAAUGUAUCAAUAUGCUUUUUAAAGAAAUAAAAUGCAUUUCUAUAAGAAUGCUUGAAUCUUUAUGUAAGUAAAUAAUCAGCGCGAAUACUUAAAAUGCCCAUUCAGCUGCUAACCUACAUAUGCAUAUACAUAUACAUAUGUGAAUGGUAAUUAUGUACAUAUGUAUGUAUAGCAAGCAGAUAUUUAUUCUGCAUAGCUUGUAUAUUUUUAUAAAUUUGGUGCACUUCGCUGUUGCCCGCAACUCAAAAGCGAUGCUUUCAGUACAAAUUCGACACUUAACUGGUAUAGUAUGGGCACACUGGACCAGCAGACGGACAUUAUGCUUUCCUUUAAUUUCAUACGAGGAAUGCUCUUAUUGUUUAACCUAUUGCUUUGGUUUGCCGGUCUCUUGAUAAUUCUAACGGGUAUUUGGUUGCAAACGGAUUUUCAAAACUAUUUGAAGAUUAGUGGCGGUUACUCGAUCUAUGUGCCCUACCUGUUGCUCAUCGUUGGCGGCAUCUUGGUGUUCGCUGCUUCGUUGGCCUGCUCGUGUAUCGUGAAGGUGGAUCCGACGAUGCUGGUAAUUUAUGGCGGCUUCCUCAUAGCGGCCAUGUUCACUUUGAUAUUAAUGUCCAUCUACAUAUACACUUAUAAGGAUAGUGUGAUAACUGGGUUACCGGCCGGUAUUGAACGGGAGGUUAACAGCUACAGUGCCUACAAAAAUGACCCGUUCCUAGCGAAUAACGCAACUCUCAUCGAUUAUAUACAGAAUAAUCUCGAAUGCUGUGGCGGCAAAAACCAUCUGGAUUGGCCGAAAGAUUCGCUACCGAACUCGUGUUGCUGGGACAGUGGCGAAAAUAAGAAUUGUUCAGACUAUCAAUUUGGACAACUCCAUGAAGUGGGUUGCUUGCCUAAAUUGAUACGACUUAUUAACACAAAUCUCACCAGCAUUGGCGUAAUGCUUUCGGUCUUGGCUUUAUUCCCGCUUUUCGCCAUGGUCUUUUCCUACUCGCUGGCGUCGGCAAGUAGAAGGAUUGGCUACCAGCCAAUCGGUUGAGUUCUAAUGUGUGUUAACUUAUAUUUUUUUUUUAUAAAUUUCAUGUAUUUUCCUGUAAUUUAAGUAUGAAUAAAAUAUACACACGGAUUUCACUAUAAAUUUAAA